AAAUACCCAAUCUUCAUUAUGAAGAAUUAUUUGAUGAUGAUAGUGAAGAUUCUGAUUCUGAUAACUCAGAAUCUUUAAUAUAUAAUCACCAAAUACUUGCUGCUACUAAUCUGAAUGAAGAUUCUUCGUAUAAUUAUCAAAUUAUUAAAACAAUAUAG